GACUCCUCCUUCUUCUUCUUUCCUCGCCGCCACCAAGUCUCUGACAAGAGUGGAAGUACAGACAAGCCACCUGCAUAUCUUACCCUAUAAAGUCGCCCUUCAGCCCGUCAGUCCUUCAGUCAUUCUCAGAAAAUCAGUUGAGUCAGUUCACUCAGUUCUCAUCCGUCUUCUUCUUGAUAACGCAUCUACAGCUAUAAGUGCAUCGGCUUCACUCGCACACUUUUGACGAAGGAUCGAAUUUCAGCGCUCCAACAGCAGCUUGUAAGCGUCCAAUAUACAACUGCAUUUCUAACGACAAAAGUGCAAGUGCUUCGAAAAUGGCCGACAUCGAUAACCUUCUGGAAUAUGAAGACUAUGAAGACGAGGAGCAAACUGUAAAACUCGCAGCAAGUGACAGCGAAGUUGCCCCUGCCAAGAAGGAAGUCAAGGGAACGUACGUAUCCAUCCACAGCAGCAGCUUCAGGGACUUUUUGCUGAAACCAGAACUUCUACGUGCCAUUUCUGACUGCGGUUUCGAGCAUCCAUCGGAAGUUCAACACGAGUGUAUACCUCAAGCCGUACUCGGCAUGGACAUUUUGUGCCAAGCUAAGUCUGGUAUGGGUAAGACGGCCAUUUUCGUCUUGGCCACCUUGCAACAGCUAGAGUUGGCGGAAAACAAAGUUUUGGGCUUGGUGAUGUGUCACACUCGAGAGUUGGCUUUUCAAAUCAGCAAGGAGUACGAGAGAUUCAGCAAAUACUUGCCGAAAGUGAAAGUGUCAGUUUUCUUCGGCGGAAUGCCUAUUCAAAAGGACAAGGAAGUCCUGAAGAAUAAUUGCCCUCACAUCGUUGUGGGAACGCCUGGACGCAUCUCAGCUCUCGUCAAGGGCAAGAAGCUCAGCCUCCAGCAUUUGAAAUUCUUCAUUCUUGACGAGUGCGAUAAGAUGCUGGAACAACUGGACAUGCGCCAAGAUGUGCAAUACAUUUUCAGAAGCACUCCACACGGCAAGCAAGUCAUGAUGUUCAGCGCAACCUUGUCCAAGGAAAUUCGCCCAGUCUGCAAGAAAUUCAUGCAGGAUCCAAUGGAGGUCUACGUGGACGACGAAGCCAAGCUCACCCUUCAUGGAUUACAACAGCAUUAUCUCAAACUCAAGGAGAAGGAGAAGAACAAGAAGCUCUUCGAACUCCUGGACGAGCUCGAGUUCAAUCAAGUGGUUAUUUUUGUGAAAUCCGUGCAGAGAUGCAACUCACUGACCCAGCUUCUGACAGAAGAGAACUUCCCGACGAUUGGCAUCCACAAGGGAAUGACGCAAGAGGAGCGAUUGACCAAAUAUCAGUCGUUUAAGGAUUUCCAGCAGAGAAUCCUGGUAGCCACAAAUCUGUUCGGUCGAGGCCUGGACAUCGAGCGCGUGAACAUCGUCUUUAACUAUGACAUGCCGGAAAAUUCUGACACGUACCUCCAUCGAGUGGCUCGAGCUGGACGAUUCGGCACUAAAGGAUUGGCCAUCACCUUUGAUUGCGAUGAAGCAGACGACAAAAUUCUCAACGACGUGCAAGAAAGAUUCGAUGUAAACAUCGCCGCACUACCCGACGAAAUUGACUUAGCUUCUUAUAUUGAGGGACGAUAAAUUAGAAUAAAUAAAAAUUAAUUAUCAACUUA